CAGAGGAACGCUGGGCUGUUCCUUUGUACCUGCUUCUGGAAAACAAAGGAUUGUUGGUGACUGAAAAGUUAUGCAUCCAUGCUGUAAUAACCUAAAAAUCCUAUGCUGAUUCUCUGCUGGAUGAGACCAUGGGAGUGAAUAAUGGAUCGACUCUGCUUGAAGAAGAAAAAAAGCUGGAAGCAUCCACAGACAGAACUCUCUCAGGUCACUACAGACAGCUGGCUCAUUACUUCUGUCUGCUCUGCUUUCUACUGACCAUCAUCAUUCUGCUCCAGACUCUCUGCUUGGUUCAGCUCACACUGGUGUCUCAGUCCCAGUCGGCCCUGCAGGAAAACAAACUGAGAGGUUUGAGAAUCGGGCUGGAGAAGCUCAACCAGUCAUAUCAGCUCCUGUUCUCCCAGUACCCUUCUCUAAACCAGUACUGCCCGAUCAGCAACGCUACCACUGGUGAAAGAGAGUGCAGCCCAUGCUUACCUGGCUGGACGCCUCAGGGACAGAAAUGUUUCCUCUUCAGCCAGGACAGAGCUGACUGGAUCAGCAGUCAGUACCACUGCAUGGCACUGGGGGGCGUUAUGGCUAUAAUAAGGACAGAAGAGGAGCAGGAGUUUCUGUGGGAGAAGGCCCAGAGUCUGAGUCAGGGGGACUCAUACUGGGUCGGCCUGAGGAGCAGCGGCGCUGACGGGGGCUGGCAGUGGAGCGAUGGCUCGCUGCUGGAGAAGGGACCACAGUUUUGGGCACGCGAUCCGGAUAACGCGGGUGAAAGCAGGGAGGAUCUGUGUGGUCGACUCACCCCGAGGGUCGUGUACAGCAGGAGCUGGUUCACCUUCAGAUGCUCCAACAAGCUGAGGACAAUCUGUGAGAGGAAGCAAGCUUCUCUGACCUGACACCAAAAUAUCUUUUAUAGCAAAUAAACAUUUUACUCAAGA